AUGCGAACAUUUGCUACCUCAUCUACUCGUGACCUCCUUGAUACGAGUGUCGAUGAAUAUACUAGGGCAAACUACGAAGACCCAGCAUUUGAAGGUCUCAGAGAGCAAGGUGCGAUACUCUGGAUCACAUUUGAUUGGGACAUGAAGACUUUCAAGGCGACAGCAUGGAUGCCUGAUGCUGUUCUCCACAUGAUGAAAGCUUCGAAGUGGGAAUGUGGGCUCACGAGAAUGGAUACGUGGGAAUGUCUGUACAAUGAUUCGCCCUUCGUCAGAGGUGUUGUAGGAAAGGGUGAGUGCUGGAUCUGA